UUGUGGCCACGUCAGGGGAACGAGCCCUUCCCCGCUCGGUGCUCCCGGCUCCGGCACCACCAUCCCGCCGCCGCGCUCCGCUCUCCGGCGGCACCGCUGCUGCCCCGCUUUGCCUUCUUUGGCUUAGCGGACAGUCGGAGGAACACUGUGAGACCCCCAAGCUGUCACCUCCUAGCACGGAGAUGACAGCCGCGGUGGCAUUCCUGCUUUUGAGCCUUCUGAGGAUGGCGGCUCCGGAGGGAGUGUGGUGCCCAGCCUGCGGGCUGGCGGCCCUGACCCCCACCACGCAGCGGGACGUCCUCAUCGCACUAGCAAAGCAGAGCAUCCUCUCCAAGCUCCGCUUGCCAGACAGGCCCAACAUCACCCAGCCCACCUCCAAGGGGGUCCUGCUGACCGCUCUCCGCAGGAUGCAUGCGCAGCGCGUGGACAUGGCCUUCUCCCCAGGGAUGCCCCGUGGUGGCAGCGACCCACACCUGCGUCUUGGGUUGGGUCUGCAGGAAUACGAGAUCUUGAGCUUUGCUGAGUCAGGGUCCUCCACCUCCCGCAGCGCUCGCCUGCAUUUCCACUUCGCCCAGGAGCUGGCUGGGAGCACCGAGAUUCUGCACGCUACCCUCUACCUCUUCUGGGCAGUCCCUGGCCCCGGGACGCAUCCUGUCACCGUCAGACUCUUGCAGCCAGACCUGACGGGGCUGAACAUGACCAUGGCCAGUGAGACACAGAUGGAGGUGCAGAGGGCUGGCUGGGCCACGCUAGACGUGAGCCGAGCUGUCCAGAGCCUCUUCGUUCGAGGCAGCCAGCGGCUCACUGUGGAGCUGGAGGUGGCAGAGGACUGGGGGUCUCCCCUCCUGGCUGGCCACAGUGAUUCUCACUGGCCAUUUGUGGCAGCCCAGGCCCGGGCCAGGACGCCCCACCGGGUCCAGCGGCGUGGCAUUGAUUGCAGUGGAGACUCUCAGAUGUGCUGCCGCCAGGAAUUCUUCGUGGACUUCAAGGAGAUCGGCUGGGAGGACUGGAUCAUCCAGCCGGAGGGAUAUCACAUGAACUAUUGUGCGGGGCUCUGCCCCCUGCACAUGGCUGGCAUCCCCGGCCUCGCCGCCUCCUUCCACACUGCUGUCGUCAACCUCAUCAAAGCCAACAAUGCAGACGCAGCCGUGGACUCGUGCUGCGUGCCCACACAGCGUCGCCCCCUCUCUCUGCUAUACUAUGACCGGGACAGCAACAUCGUCAAGACCGACAUCCCCGACAUGAUUGUCGAUGCCUGUGGUUGUACCUGACUGGCAGCCUGAGGAGGCAGGAGGGCAGGACCUGUGCUGCGCAGGGCUGCCCUCCUCCCAGCCCCUCUCUGGCAGUGUGAGACCUGGCGAGCUGCUGUGUUUUCUCCUCCUGAGGCUGAAGUGUCAAGGGUGAUGCUGAACCUGUAAAUCCUCUCCUCCCUCACCUCCCACAAGGCUCUUUUCCCCCUUCAGAUCUGCCCAUGGGUUCCUCCCUGCCCAUGAGCCAUAGCCUCUGAGACCGGCUCCUGAUGGACAACCAGACCCUUCUACAUGCAGGACUCUGCAGAGCACGACUGCCCAGUGGCUGAGGGCAGCCCUGGCUCGCCCUGCUGCUGGUCCCAGUCCAAGGCCAUGGUGCAGCCCUCAGUGCUGCAACAUGAACAUGUGCUCUUCAGGUAACGGGUCCCAGCAGCAGCCACCUCAGGCUGCUGGGGGAGGUAGAAGCUGAAAAGAUGCUGGGGGAUGGCUAGGCCAGAGGGGAGGGGUCUGUCCACGGGGCCCCACUCCUCAGCUGGACGUGAGAUUGAGUGGAGUAAGGAAGGGGAAAUCGAUCCCAGUGGGAGGAAAGUGUCUCCUUCUUCAAGCUUCCCAGCUAUCUGGUAUUCAAUAAAAGA